AUUUCCUCCUGCGCCAUAGUGAGUGUAAACACACACAUGCCGAAAGGUUGAUAGACGGAUGGAGUGAAAUACCUUUCUUUUUCGUUGAGGAUUUAUUCUUUGGAAUAUGUAAAGGAUAUUAUGGACAAUGUUUCGGAGAGUAAAUUUUGGAUUUUUUGUUUAUAGUUAAUAAUCCCAGACUCGAUCUAUAGUUUCAAUCAGCGAAAUUCCAACAAGCAGUGGAUAGUGAUUCCAACUUCACAGAAAAUGGCCGACAUUCGAAGACAAGGGGUCGUUCAGUUUUGGUUAACAUUAUGUGUUUUUCUUAUUUUGUUUGUUCUUGGGCAUUGUACUCUUGAUUUAGCUUGUAUAGAAGUUAAAAAAGCAUACACGGAAAAGGGUUUAAAUGAAAAUGAAGUUCCUAUCCAAGCUAUUUCGGGGAAUCAUUUAGAAGUGUGUCCUCAGGCUUCUACUUGUUGUACGAGAGACAUGGAGUCCAAGCUUAAAGCUCUUAGUGCCAGGGAAUAUUCUAAAUAUAUAGGAGAUGCAUUCAGAUAUGCCAAAAAUACAUUUGUUACAAGAACUAGAAAAUUUGAUGAAUUCUUCACAGCCCUUUUAGACAAAUCAAAAACAGACUUGCAUACCAUGUUUGUGAAGACUUAUGGAUUACUUUACCAGCAAAAUUCACAUGUAUUCACAAGUUUAUUUCAAGACUUGCGGAGUUAUUAUAAGGGCAAAGACAUGAGCUUAACCAGUGCUCUUGACAAUUUUUUCAAAAGAUUGUUUAGCAAAAUGUUUGAGUUGCUAUCUGUUCCGCACAAAUUUUCGGAUCAUUACUUAGAAUGUGUGACAAGUCAGAUGGAAAACUUGAAGCCAUUCGGAGAUGUUCCAGGAAAACUUUCCACGCAGGUCAAGAGGUCAUUUGUUGCUGCUCGUACCUUUGUUCAGGGUCUUGCCAUUGGACGGGAUGUGAUUAUGGAAGUUUUAAAGAUUCCUCCAACAGAAGCUUGUAACAAGGCUCUGAUGAAGAUGAUGUAUUGUCCACACUGUCGAGGACUGACCCAGACUAAACCCUGCAAUAACUACUGUCUGAACACAAUGAAGGGAUGCCUGGCUUAUCAUUCGGAGCUCAAUGCAGUCUGGAAUGAUUACAUUGAGGCUAUGAAACAGUUGGCAAGCCGCCUUGAAGGACCAUUCAACAUUGAGUCUGUGGUAGACCCAAUAGAUGUUAAAAUAUCUGAUGCCAUUAUGACACUUCAAGAGAACAGCCCAACUGUCAAAGAACAGGUUCACAAUGGAUGUGGACGACCUAAUCCUCAAAAUAUCAAACAUAAACGAGACGCCAGUAGCCCACCCCUAGGUGCUCAGCCCACCCUUCAGGAUGGCAAAGAUCCUGGCUCCUUGGGCCAGUAUGAUGAGUUUUCACUUGGAAAGUACUCAGGACCAGAUGACCAGCACAAGUCAGUCAAACCAACUACUGCUGCUGGAACCAGUUUAGAUCGUCUAGUAAAGGACAUAAAGGAAAAGGUCCGGGUUGCCAAGGAUUUCUGGGUACAGCUACCAUACACUGUGUGUAACAAUGACCAGAUUGCGGCACAGCCGGGGAAUGAUACAGACUGCUGGAACGGCAAAGAUAGAGCCCGGUAUGAUAGUGUGGUACAAAAAGAUGGCAUGAUGUAUCAAAUCAACAAUCCCGAGGUGGAAGUGGACGUUAACGAGGCAAACUACAUCAUAGAACAACAGAAGAUACAACUGAAGAUCAUCACCGGCAAACUCAACAAUGCUUUCAAAGGCGAGGAGGUCACAUGGGUCAAAACAGAAAUCCCAGACAUAUAUGGUACUGGAUAUGAUAUAGGUAGUGGUGAUGAUCUGUACAGUGGUAGCGGUGACCAUCACUUUGAUGGUUCAGGAGGGGGAAGUGGACACCACAUUGGGAGCAGUGGGGAUGGAUCCAUUGGAGAUGAUGAGGACUUUAACAUUAAACCUACACAUAAUCAUGGCCACAUGAACAACUUCAGACCACCACCAACAGUAGGAAGUGGGGAUGACCAUCCUAAUCGUUAUAAUCCUCAUUUACCAGGGGGUAUUAAUCCUCCUGUUAAUAAGCCAGGGGGACAGGAUCCUACAUAUAAUGUUAAGAAAUUUACCCCAAGGCCACCAUCUUCAAAACAUAAAGAGGAUCAAAGUGCUGGAGUCAGUCCAUCUGUGUCAUGGUGGUGCUUAUCUGUUGUGCUCAUUUUCAUCAAGAGUGUGCAGAUCAUCAUGGGAUAAUCAGAUUCCUCAAAAAUGCACAUGUGAUUAAGAUUGUACAAGAAAUAAUUCAUUGUAUAGGUUGUGUAUAUUUAUAUUAUGAUAAUAUGCAUACUCACAUAUAAAUGUAUUACAAAUCAGAGAGGGAAAAAAAAAUUAAAAAAUUAAUUGUUUCAUUAAAAGCUUAAUGACCAGGUGUGAUACCUUCUUUUUCCACAUGUGCAUAUGCAUUUACUUGGCAAAUGUGAUAAAUUCUUGUACAAAACUUUCUAGAAUGGAGAGACCAUGCAAUUGGUCGGGUGCCAUAUGUUUUCUUCAAACAAACUAUUAAAAUUCAUAUGUACUGAACUUCAAAAUGUUUGAAGAAUGAAACACAAUUCAUAGUGACCAUUUAACAGUCAGAGCACAAAUAGUUUGAUUGUACAGACAGUUGUAUAUGCUGUACUAAGAAGAGAUCAGUGUAUAAUGUGAUUUCAUCAGUGAUAUCAUCUGAGGCCAAAGACACAUGAAUAAACCCUGGCUGUCGUCCUGGCAGCUGACUUAACAUCAAGUGCUAAUGUAGGUGGGUACACCUGGCAAAUCAGUCGCAACAGUCUUAGAAGUAUUUCUAUAAUAGACUGGAAUCCUUAAUGAUUGUGUAGAAAAAGGCCUGAUUUGCUAAGAGAUGAUUUGUUUUUCUUUUUUUAUAAUUCAUGUGUAGAUUGUGUGUACAUAUUGUAUAACUUUUCAUGUUGAUAUUGAAGUAUUUUUAGUGUUUUAACUGAUUGCAUGUUUAUGACUGAUUGAUAAAGACAGACAAGGACAGCAAAUUGUUAAAUCAUUGUAAUCAAAAAUAAAAUGCAAUGUUACUGUCAUCUUUUUUCAGUAUUUCAGUUGACUAUUAUUUUUAAGUAAAGAAAAUUGUGUAGAAUAUUUUAAUGCCGUUACACAACCACAAACCUCAUAUAUACUGUAGCAAUGUUUAUAUUAUUUUUCCUUUGACUGUCACAGUGCACAUGUACUGUGAAUUUCAAUUUUCCAUACCAGAAAUGGAAGCAUUCUUUACUAUGAUAUUCUACAGCAUGUUUUUAUUUAGCUCAGGGUUUUCUAGCUACUUCUAGUUUCUCAUGCAGCAUUCAUUUUUUUUUUCUCAAUUUAUUUUCUUUGUACUUAAAGGUACUUAAGUGAUUUUAACUUGGGUGUUUUAAAAAUUCAUUUGAUAAGGAUGAUUUAUAGUUUUUAUGACAGUUUUCACUUCACUUAGAACAGAAUCAAAAUUGGUGAACUUCACAAAACAAUGAUUUUGUGUUAUGUGAUUGAAAAAAAUCUCUUUGCUUGAUUUUACUUUAAACUUGUAAUAUGUACAUAAUGAAUCUUUGUACAGAGUUUUUUUUUAAAGAAAGUCAAUCAGUGCUCUGAUUUUUGUGUUAAUUUAUUCAAGCUUUGUACAUUUUGCUGUCCACCCAUUAUAGAUUAUAGAUGAUUUCAGACUUGUGUCUUUGAGAAUUUUAUCCUACAGUAUAUACAUGUAAGCGUACUGUAUGAGUAUCUGGACUUGAUGUAAGUUAAUUACACACCAAAGAACUGUUUUGUACAUCUCUUUAAUAUGUAGUCAUAUAUUGUUUGCAUACCCAGAGAGGAAAAAAAAAUAUGUAAUCUUUAUCCAUCUUGAAUAUUGGACAUAUCUUUCAACAAAGUUGUGUUUUAUAUACAUGUAUGUACUUUAUCACAUCAAGGUGCUGUGGUCAUUUUUUCACCGUUUUUUCCUUUUGUAUACCUCGUGUGAAGCUUUUAGGUGUAGAACUGACUGGGCACUGAAGGUAUUGAGAUACAGCAUCACCUCUCGACCACUAGAAACAUCUACCCACCUAAUGAUUUUAUCAAAUUGAGUGCCUUCCUCAAUCCCAGUAAUGUACUAGACUAUAGCAAUGUCGCUGUGUCAUUUUCUACCUAUUUUUGCAUAAUCCAUAACUACUUAGAUUUGAAUUCAUAGAUAUUUUUCAUUUUUGAUACCAAAUUAUUUCUUUGAAGAUUUAAAAAAUCAUAAUUUAUCUAAUAUUCUGUUUGGUUAGGCACUGGUUCUGUUAUGCAAAGAAUGGAAAUAAAUUAUUUAGCAUUAGGAUUUUGUUAAUAAGAAAUCCAGUGAUGUCAUGAGUGGCAUAAGUUUUUUUUUUUUUUUUUUUUUUUUUUUUUUUUUGGUCUCUGUGUAUUUUUAAGGUUAUUUUUUUCUUUUUCUUCCUUUGGGACUGGCAUUCCCUAUAAAUAUACCUGUUUAAGAUGUUUAUUUUUACACUGAAUUUUAUGACUAAGUUAAACAAGUUUUACUUCCUUUUAACAUAACAAAGUAAGCUUGAAUAGACAAAGAGGAAAAGUUAAAAGUUUUUAGUUCGUCAUUUUUAUCCUUUUUUUAAAUUUUGGUACAUUUUGAAUGCUACAAUUUUACAGUAAAAUGUUUGCACAGCCAGCUGAUGUUUGUGUUGCUUUCAUCGUCAUCCUUAUCUUACCUUUCAUCAAAUCAUCUCUCUGUUGCAGACAUUUUAGUAGCAUUGUCAAUGUUUUUGUUCUUUGAUAGUAUCAUACAAAAUUAUUUUACUGGAAUAAAAACUGUAUACAUAAAAAA